CUUAACGACAGGAGUUGGAAAAGUUGAGGUGACUUUGGUCGUAACAGAGCACAAUACCACUAGAUCUUGGUCAAUGACAUUAUUGAUGACUGCAAAACCAGAAGAUGUCAUCAGUUGUUUAUAAGUCCAUCAUAAAGGUUGCUGACAAAUUUGUGCCUGCUAAAUUAGUACCACUGUGGAACCACCCUGCAGGUCCUAAGACAAUAUUUUUCUGGGCACCAACAUUUAAAUGGGCAUUAGUGAUUGCUGGAAUUGGCGACUUGCAGAGACCUCCUGAAAAACUUAGUGCUUAUCAAUCUACAGCUUUAGCUGCUACAGGAAUUAUCUGGUCACGAUAUUCAAUGGUCAUCAUUCCUAAAAAUUAUAAUUUGUUAAUGGUUAAUAUAUUUGUUGGUGCUACUGGAAUAUAUCAAUUAAUUAAAAUUUACAACUACAGAACUGGACUAAAGAAACAGCAAACACAAUCUGAAUAAUGAGAAAAUCGAAGCUGUUGUGUGUUGUAGUGAAUGUUCAAAUAUACUUGUAUAUUACAGUGGUUUGUCAAUAACAAAAAGAUAUGACUUACAACCAUUUUUGCUCAUGUGUGAGAUUAAUAUAUUAUUACUUUAUCAUUUUAAUGGUAAUAUGAAUAUCUUUUGUUGUAUUGUUACGGUAAUGUAAUUAUUCUUAAUAUUAAGUUAUUAUAGAAAUUUACAUAAUAAAUUUGGGUAUGCAUUUUAAGAAUUUAGCACUUAAAGGAAUAGAAUGUUUUCAAUCACAUUGUUUAUUUUGAUUUAGUCAGCUUGUAAAUAAUUUCUAAAUCAUUUUGCUGGUUUCUGAGAAAAAAGUAAUUUUAUGGACCAUUGGGAUGUUAAGGCCUUGUACUUGUAAUGGUAUCAGAAAGUAAUUAAGAUAGAUUGAUAUUAUAUUUUUAAAUGAAGGACAAUUGGCUGGUAUUAUUGAAUUACAAUCAAACAUUUAACAGUGUUUCGAUACGGUAUUACAAUUUGAAUGGAUAUGCCCAAGUUGUAUUAUGUACAUGUAUUAUAAUCAAGAUUUGUGAUGAUUGUUAUAGUGGAAUAUUUUUACUCUUAAGUUUAAAGCUGAUAAAAUAAAAAAAAAAUUGUUGUUUUGGGUGCAUGUAUCUAUUUACAAAGUGUAUUUAUACGAUAUUAUAUCAGUGGUAUUAUUAUAUUUUGGAUUUCAACAAAAUUACAUCGCGCUUCAACAGCAUUUUAGUUUGAAGAAAAUAAGACCCUUUCAUGCAGUGCCAAAAAAAGAUUUCAUAGAAAGGUAUUGUUUAUGUAAUGAAUAGGGCAAGAAAAUAGAUUAAUUUACUGUGGUUAAGAGAUAUUUAUUUCUCCUCAAAUUUCUAAGCCAAAAGUAAAAUCAUACUGUUAUAAAAUUUAUUAUACUAUAAAUUUAAUUUUUAGCUUAUAUGCAACAGGUGUUUUAUUAAUAAUGACAGAUAUUGUAUAUAAAAUAUCAACUUUUGGAAUCUCCUAGUUUCUGUUUUAAUCAUAAUCUUGACCCGUGCAACAUUGUAUAUUAUAAAUAAAAUAUGUAAAGAAAUA